UCAGCAACCACGAUGAUCUCAGAGCCAUUAAGCAGUUAGGAAGUAAAAACAUCUGGUAACCAGAUGUUGAAACACAGCAUGGUCUACUGGCAGCUAUAUCUACUUUAUCUCAUAGAGUAACACCAUUUAUACGAACAACCACAAGCCUAGAAGUACAACUGUAGGCAUGUCUCUGUCCAUCUUGUUUUUUAUUUUACUGUGGCAUGAGACAGUCAACUGGGGGAUGAAAGAUGGAGUACUGCAUAACUCAAUUUGGUUGGAACAAGCAGCCGGUGUUUAUCACAGAGAGUCACGCAAAGGAAGAUACCAGCUCACCCUGAGAGAAGCUAAAGUGCUGUGCAAUCAUGAAGGUGGCACCCUUGCAACAUAUAAUCAGUUGAUGGCAGCCCAAAAAAUAGGGUUUCACGUGUGUUCAGCCGGAUGGCUUGCUGGAGGAAAAGUCGGUUAUCCAAUAGUGAAACCUGGACCCAACUGUGGACAUGGAAAAACUGGUGUCAUUGACUAUGGAUAUCGAGUUAAUAAAAGUGAACAAUGGGAUGCUUACUGCUACAAUCCACACGCAAAACAAUGCGGUGGUGUUCUAACAGAUCCAGAGCGCGUUAUCUCUUCCCCAGGCUACCCAGAUAAAUACGAACAUCAACAGAUCUGUUACUGGCAUAUCCGAGUAAAAUACAAACAGCGUAUUCAUUUACGGUUUUUGGAAUUUGAUGUAGAAGAUGAUCUAUCCUGCUUGUCUGACUACCUUGAAAUUUAUGACAGUUACGAUGACUUGCUAGGCUUUGUUGGCAGAUUUUGUGGAGAUCAGUUACCAUGGGAUAUCAUUAGUACAGGCAAUGUUAUGACCUUGAAGUUCUUGUCAGAUUCAUCAGUUACGGCAAAAGGUUUUGUUCUUGUGUAUAAAGCCAUCAAUCCACCCACUACCACCUCAGAAAUUGAGACAAAAAAUACUACUAGUCGAUGAAAUCACUAGGAUUGCUAGACAUUCAAUCAAACCUGCUGUUCAAAGAAUUGAGUUACUUGUUUCAUAAAUGAACAAGAUUAGUCUUGGAAUCUCUCACUGUUACUCCUAAUGUUACUUGGAAUUUUGGAAUAGCUGCAUCUAACAGAAACAUGUUUUUUUUUCAAUUGUAACAUUCUGUGUAACAUUUACAUGGCUUUAACACUUGAUUAUAACAUGAUCUUCAAUAAAUAAUUAUUAACAACAUAACAGUUCAUAUGUGCUUGGGCUACUACCUAUUUUGAGGAAACAUAAUGUUGAAUAGUUUAAUUCUAGAUGUAUCUGAUAUUUCAUUAGCUUAUAACAUUUAUCUAAUAUAAUAGUUAUCAAUAAAUAAGCUGAUAUCUUCAAAAUACCACUCAAUCCUUGAAAGCAAUAAAAUUACAAAUUUUAAUCUUUAUUUUUAUGUAUUCUUUUUGGCUUUACUAUAUGUUAUUAUGUACUUUGCUAUGUGAUGACUUCAGUCAUCUAAUGGAUAUAAAUGUGUUCCCAAGUUAUUUUCCAAAGUGUGCUCCAUAUACUUUGUUUUAC